ACACUUUCUUGUUUUAAUCAUUUGUAUUGUUGGCACUGGCUUUGAGCGGCUGUGAAACCGUGACUGAGUGUUGACUGGUUGUGUUGUUGCUAUGGUGAUGUCAGUCAGAAUGGCUCCUCCUCUUCCUCUGAUUCUUCUUCUCAUGAUUCAAGGAGUUUAUAGUGCUGAUGGUGGUUGGGGUGUGACUUACAGCUCUUCACACAUCUGUGCACUAAAGGACUCAACAGUGAAGAUAAACUGUAGAUAUAAAUACCCUACUGACCAUAUGAUCACAGAAGUGUUCUGGACCAACACUGACAGUUUUGAUUCUCCAAAUCUGUUUAAAGACUCUAAAUACAGUGAGAGGAUUCAGUAUCUGGGAGAUAAACAGCACGACUGCAGCGUCAGACUGACUGAUGUGAGACACACAGAUUCACACGAGUACUAUUUCAGAUUCAUCACAGAUAAAGAGAAAUGGAUUGGUGCACCUGGAGUGACUCUUGAUGUCACAGAUCUUCAGGUGGAGUCUGAAGGUGAGAGAGUGAUGGAGGGAGAUUCAGUGACUCUGACAUGUAAAAGCAGAUGCAGUCUGACUGACACAUCAACAUUCAUCUGGUUUAGAAACACACAGACAUUAAAUGACACAAACAAGAAACUCAUCCUGCCGUCAGUUAGAAGAGAGAAUGCAGGUGACUAUAGCUGUGCUGUACAGGGACACAAACUCACAUCACCUCCUCGACGUCUCAAUGUCAUCUAUCCUCCAGAUAAACCUGUGAUCUCCAUCAGUUCUUCUGGUGUAAUAGUGGAGGGUGAUUCAGUGACUCUGACCUGCAGCAGUGAAUCAAAUCCACCUGUUCACAUCUACAGCUGGUUUAAAGAGAAUCAAACAUCAUCUGUUGGAUCUGGACAGACGUUCAGCAUCAGUAACUUUAAUUCAAGUCUCAGUGGAUGGUUUUACUGUGUGCCUCAGAAUGAAGUUGGAUCUCAGAGAUCAGAUGCUGUUUCACUCACUGUUAAAAGUGUCUCAUCUCUCAGUUUCUCUGUAGGUUUUGGUGUUGGACUUUGUGUUGGAGUCUGUGGAGCAUCAGCUGCUCAACUCAUUGUGAUGUAUAUUUGCAGAAGAAAAAGUUUGAGAAGAAAAGCGUCUGAAUGUAAACCGGAGAAUGAUGAUGUCAGUAAUGACACAUAUACAGCUCUUGAACUCAACACCAGAUCAUGUGACCUGUACGACACACUCACACCCAACCGGAAAAGGAUGAAGUAAGAGGCGGAGCCCAAAGAAACAACCCCUAAGAAAUGUUUCAUUAUAAUUUUUUUAUUCAACUCCCCAUUUUUUUUCCUGAAAGUUUAAUAAUCACGAUGUACUAAGAGUUUUUAUUGAAUGUACACCGUAAAAAGCAGAGGAAAACAAUACAUGAUGUGAUGUUUAUUAUCAGGAUACAAGCUCAUUAUUGUUUAAGAUGAAGAUUGUUUUCUUAAUGGCGUCUGCAAUGUUUUACACACAGUUGAGUUGAG